GCUAAAUCUUCUAACGUUUUCGUUCACGAGGAGGAGUGGUCCCACUUUUUCCCUCAAAGCCUUUCUCCACAGCGAGAUUUGGAAUCGUUUCCUUCACUUUAUGGAAACGAUGGCGCGACGCGCGACGGAAAUGUCAGCUUGGCCGGUGCCCGGAAGCAGUGCGCCUCCUUCUUUUUUGCCGCUUGUGCCCCGUGAAAGGCCACGGAGGAAGGGCACUGAAGGGAAGCAGCUUUUUGUUAAGCCCUGACGAGAGCUACCUCCAGACGCUGAAACUGGUCAUUGCUGCUGCCACACAAUGGAAACUGGGAUGCAGCGAGGGUUGUGCUUCGCUGCUCCCUCUUGCAGAAUUCAGCUCACUCCUAGACGGAGCCAAAGCUUUUGUGAACAAGCAUUCGGAUUCGCGCCAGGCUCAGGACGAUAUGGACCAAAGUCAGAGCUAUAUGGAGCUAAUGUGGGCGGAAACGUUCGCGAACCCUCUAUUAUCAGCUUCUUCUACUUAGUAUUGAUUUGUCGUGUAGGUGACAUAUGCUUACUAGGGACGCAUUGGAAUGUUCACAAAUACACCUCUUCUUCAACUUAGCGACAGACUUAGUCA